AUGCCUUUCAAUAGUCAUGGAGACAAACUAAAGCAGACAAGAAGUUUAGGCCACCAAAUGGGGGCAAUGGGUCCAAUUCACCACCACCAUAAUCUGAAGAAGAAUAUUAAUAUCGACGUUUUCUUCUUAAAGAAGUUUAUUUGUCUUCACAUCAACGGGAAGAACAAUUGGAAACGGAAUUUUGUAGAUGGCGGCUUCAAAUCCGAUGACGAACAACACAGACGGACCACGUGAUUCAUCGAAGCGGAGAAAGAAGAAGAAAAUGCUAAAGCAAUUUAGCAGCAAUAGAAAUCAGGUGCCGGAAAACAUGAAUAAUAACCACGACGAGAUUACGUCAUGGAAAUCAGAAGAUCGACAGGAAGCAUAUAGUUCCAAACUCUUCGAAGCUCUCCGCCAUCUCCGGCUGAGCUCCGGUACGUCUUCACAUUCUGUUCCGCUUCGUGGACGUGCGGUUCGUGAAGCCGCUGACCGUGUCCUUGCAAUGGCGGCGAAAGGGCGGAGUCGAUGGAGUCGCGCGAUUCUCUCAAACAAACUGAAGCAUAAAUUCAUGAAGAGUAAUCUGAGGCAAAGAGGUGCCAUUGCGACGGCGACCGGUAAUAGUCAGUUUAAGAAGCCGAGAUUGGGUAUUUUGAGGUUGAAGUCCAUGAAUUCUCCGGCGGUGAAACGGAAAAAACGUGAUCUCGGGAGGUUAGUUCCCGGCUGCCGGAAACAGCCUUUCCCUGUUGUAUUAGAAGAAGUGGCCGAUUAUAUUGCAGCUCUUGAGAUGCAAGUUAAAGCCAUGGCUGCACUCGCUAGCAUUUUCUCAGCCGGCUCUAGUUCUGGCCCUGGCUUUGCCACUGGAGCCGUGAAUCGAAAUCAGCUCAGUCUUAGCCGGCCACCACCAAGCUCGUGAUAUUUUUCCUCUAUCCCUUUUUUUCUAUUUACUACUUUUUAGAGUAAAUUACACUAUUGGUCCCUCAUUAUAGCUGAUGUUUAUAAUUUUAGCCUUUUUUUAUUGUAACGUUGGUCCCUAUUUAUUGUAAUGUUUUUGGUCUUAGCUGAUUUCUGCAUAUUAUGUCCAAAAAAGUGUAGACAUUUUCUUGGAUUAGGGACCAUAAAAUAUUUAUAUAAAAAAAACUUCAAAAUAAUGACUAGAAUUGUAAAAAAAUUACAAAAAUUAUAAAAAUCAGCUAUAUUCAUGACCAAAAAUAUAAUUUUAUUUUAUUCUUAUUUGUGUAAUGUUUGUUCCUGCUUUUAUAUCAAAUUUCUCUACCU